AUGGCCCAGAGCAGCCUUCACAGCAACGAUGUUCAAGCAAUAAGGAAUAAAUACAAAAAAGCCACCAAGGACAGAGAAAAGCAGCUGAUUUCCAAAGUUCCUCCCUUGGAUUUUCUAUCAAGAAAUUUAGAGAUCAUGACAUUCUUAAUUUUGAAAGACAGAGGACAAGCAGAUUCACUGAAGACAAAAAAAAAUCAAACAACUGUCAAGGUGACAAUCAAGAAAUCUGUGGAAGGUACACAAGAGGACCUCAUUGAGCUCUCCCAUAGUUAUGUAAAAAGAUUUAAAAAGCAUUACUUUAAUAUCAAGCAGCAGUAUGCCUUUUGCCGUGAGCUGAGGAACAACAUCUCAGAGGAAGAGGCUUCGCGGCAUGUUCAGACGGUCCAUUUUGGGGCUUCACAUCAUCAGCAGACCCCCCUAAUAAAGGUGUGUUCUAAGCCUGUGUGCUUUAGCACCAUUUGCCCAAGCAGGCAUAAAAGCCCUCCAGCAAUAUGGCAUCACCUAAAUCCUUUGAAGGAUUACUUCCAAGCCCAACAUCCACAAGUGUCUGUGCUCUUUAAGCGAUGGACCCUGCUAGUCAUGGAAAAGGAAUGCCUUGUGGUUUUGGGGGAGCCUCAAAAAGACAGCUGA